AUGCUAGCAAAAUCAUUCAUGCUUGCAAUGCCAUUUUUGUUGUGGGUGCAUGAGGCACGAGCCUCUCUAGCGAAGCCUGGUUGCCAGGAGAGAUGUGGUAACAUAACUGUCCCAUAUCCAUAUGGCAUGGGGACCGGUUGUUUCUUGAACACAUCAUUUGAAGUCUCGUGCAAUGAAUCAUCACCAUAUGUUUCUCCUCUUCGAUUUGUAAAUAAUGAUAAAUUCCUAAUUUCAGAAAUCUCCAUGGAGUCCAUACGUAUAGUUGGUAAGGUACCUUUCGGAUGUAUUAAUGAAUCUGCAACCAAAGCAGAGAAGCUAGAUGCGCUUCUUGCUGUAUCACAACCCCUACCAGUGGAUUUUUCGCUUGUAAUGGCUCAAAUGGUUGCUGCCAAAGUAGUAUCCCAGUCGAAACCAAUGCAUAUAAGGCUUUGCCACCGUGCUCAACUAAGAGGAAGCUGUUUGUGUGGCAAGAACAGUGAGUGCAUCGACUCAGCCAAAGGUCUGGGACAUAACUGCCGCUGCAAGAAUGGUUACAGCGGGAACCCUUACCUUCACAUUGGAUGCCAAGUUAUUAUUGCAUCUGUGAUUGGAAUUUUUUCCUUUGGUGCGAUUGGUCACUACGCAUAUAAGGAACUUGGCAGAAGAAAGGAAAAUAAGAUCAAGCAGGAGUUCUUCAAAAGGAAUGGUGGAUAUCUAUUAAAGCAGCAUAUCUCUGCUAAUAAAUCACAUGUAAUGAAAAUAAAAGUUUAUGCUGCCAAAGAGAUAGAGAAGGCAACUGACGAUUUUAGUCAAAGCCGGUUACUAGGCAAGGGAGGACAGGGUACAGUGUAUAAGGGUUUCUUGACAGAUGGAACCAUUGUAGCCAUAAAGAGGUCAAACGUAGUAGAUGAAGAUCAGGUAGAACGAUUUGUUAAUGAAGUUUUCAUUCUUUCACAGAUAAACCAUAGGAAUAUAGUUAAACUGUUAGGUUGUUGCUUGGAGUCUGAAGUCCCAUUAUUGGUAUAUGAGUAUUUAUCCAAUGGCACCCUCUCACAACAUCUUCAUGACGGGGCAGAAGUUUCCAAAUUUUCAUGGAAAGAUCGUAUACGAGUGGCUAGGGAUGUUGCAGGCGCACUAGCCUAUUUGCACUCAUAUGCAUCCCCAGCCAUAUUCCAUAGGGAUGUUAAGCCACAUAAUAUCUUAUUGGAUGAGAACUACAGAGCUGUAGUCUCUGACUUUGGACUUUCAAGGUCCAUACCUCUCAGCAGAACUCAUUUAACUACAAAAAUUGAAGGCACAUUUGGAUAUUUGGAUCCAGAGUAUUUCCGGUCGGGGCAACUUACUGAAAAAAGUGAUGUUUAUGCCUUUGGUGUAGUGCUUAUGGAGCUCUUAACCCGAAGAACAGUUGUUUCUUCAACAAAUUGUGGUGAAGGUCUGGUUUCACAUUUCCAGUUCUUAGUCAAGCAGAAACGUGUGCUUGAAAUUUUAGACCAGCAAGUUCUAGAUGAAGCUCUGAUGGAUGAUAUAUUUCAGGUCACUAAGCUUGUUAAGACAUGUAUGAGAAAGAAUGUGAAGGAAAGACAAAGCAUGAAAGAGGUGGUUAUGGGUUUAGACAAAUUAAAAGUAGUACAACUUGAACUUCCGAGUUAG